AUAUAAAGUUUGACCCUCAUCAAUAACAAUAACCGCUUUUUCUCCUCUCCUCCUUCCAAUUUCAAUCCUCUUCAAAUAAAUCAAUCCCCAAUUUCCCCCCUAAAUUAGGGUUUCUUCUUCUUCUUCUUCUUCUUCUUCUUCGAGAUCAGAAAUCUUUAGAUCGAGAUGUGCGGGAUCUUCGCGUAUCUGAACUACAAUGUGGGGCGAGAGAGGAGAUACAUACUCGAGGUCCUAUUCAAUGGGCUGAGGCGCCUCGAGUAUCGAGGUUACGACUCCUCCGGGAUCGCCAUUGAUUCAGAUCUCGCCUUUUUCAAGAAGCAGAUCAAUGGCGGUGGAGGAGCUGCACGCGGCGAGGAUUCGUCGUGGCCUUCGCCCUCGGGCUCUGCUCCGCCUCUUGUUUUUAGACAAGAGGGAAAGAUUGAAUCCCUUGUGAGCUCAGUGUACACAGAGGUGGAUGAGAUGGACUUAAAUUUAGAGGAAUCAUUUAAUGUGCAUGCUGGCAUUGCACACACACGAUGGGCUACUCAUGGUGUACCUGCUCCAAGAAAUAGCCAUCCACAAUCCUCUGGUGAAUGGAACGAAUUUUUGGUUGUCCAUAAUGGCAUUAUAACCAACUAUGAGGUCCUAAAGGAGACGUUAACUAGACAUGGCUUCACCUUUGAAUCAGAAACUGAUACAGAAGUUAUUCCGAAGCUUGCAAAGUUUGUAUACGACAAGGCCCGUGAAGGUGAUCAGACUGUAACUUUUGCGCAAGUUGUUACAGAAGUCAUGAGGCAGCUUGAAGGAGCAUAUGCACUUAUCUUUAAAAGUUCACAUUAUCCUAAUGAGCUAGUUGCAUGCAAACGUGGCAGUACGCUCAUCUUGGGUGUCAAAGAGCUAACUGAUAAUAAAAACCGCAGAGCAUUAUUCCAUGAUGUUAAAUCUCUCACAAAGAAUGGUCAGCCCAAAGAAUUGUUCUUUUCAAGUGAUUUAUGUGCUAUUGUGGAGCAUACGAAAAACUAUUUGGCUCUCGAGGAUAAUGAAGUGGUACAUAUCAAGGAUGGAUGUGUAUCAAUCCUCAAGUUUGACUAUGGCAAAGAAAAGCCAGCAUCAGUGCAACGUGCAUUGUCUGUUCUUGAGAUGGAAGUAGAGCAAAUAAAGAAGGGACAUUAUGAUCAUUUUAUGCAGAAAGAAAUUCAUGAACAACCACAUUCUUUAACUACAACAAUGAGAGGAAGACUCAAGGACCAUGGUGUGCUUUUGGGUGGGCUGAAGGAGCACAUGAAAACAAUUAGGCAUAGCAGAAGGAUUGUAUUAAUUGGUUGUGGUACAAGCUACAAUGCAGCGUUAGCAGUAAGACCAUUUCUUGAAGAGCUCUCCAGUAUCCCUGUCACCAUGGAACUUGCUAGUGACUUGCUGGACAGACAAGGUCCGAUAUACAGAGAAGAUACAGCAGUUUUUGUUAGUCAAUCUGGGGAAACUGCAGAUACUCUACUUGCACUUGACUAUGCCUUAGAAAAUGGGGCAAUGUGUGUUGGCAUAACAAACACUGUUGGCAGUACCUUAGCUAGAAAAACUCACUGCGGUGUUCAUGUAAAUGCUGGGUGUGAGAUAGGUGUCGCUAGUACUAAGGCAUACACUAGUCAGAUAGUAGCAAUGGCUAUGAUGGCAUUGGCUAUUGGAGAUGACAGAAUAUCUACCAAAGCUAGAAGAGAAUCAAUCAUAUAUGGUCUUUCUGACCUGCCAAAUAAAGUUAGAGAAGUACUGAAACUUGACAGCGAGAUGAAAGCUCUUGCUGAAUCAUUGAUAGAUGCACAAUCUCUCCUUGUAUUUGGUAGAGGCUAUAACUAUGCCACUGCUCUCGAGGGUGCUUUGAAGGUGAAAGAGGUAGCACUCAUGCACAGUGAAGGGAUGCUUGCAGGUGAAAUGAAACAUGGCCCAUUGGCCUUGGUGGAUGAGACACUUCCCAUUAUAGUAAUUGCCACCCAUGAUGCUUGCUUUAGUAAACAACAAUCAGUAAUUCAGCAACUUCAUGCACGCAAAGGUCGUUUGAUAGUGAUGUGCUCCAAGGGAGCUUCAUCAUCUGUUUGUCCUAGCGAAUUCUGCAGAGCAAUUGAAGUCCCUCAAGUUAUUGAUUGCCUUCAACCUGUUGUCAAUAUAAUCCCAUUGCAGUUGCUCGCCUACCAUUUGACAGUUUUACGAGGAUUUGAUGUCGAUCAGCCAAGAAAUCUCGCAAAGAGUGUGACUACACAAUGAAUGAAGUAUGGGAGCAGAUGCCUGGCUUCUCUAACAUCCUUUUUUUGGUUUGAUUUGAUGGAGUUCAAAGAGGGGAAGACUUGAAAUUAAAUUAUGGGAUAUGUGGAUACGGGAACGGAUGGUCGUUAAUGUAUUCUUUGUACCUAUGUUAUGAUUAUUUUCUGGAGUGGACAGCCUAAUGUCGUUCACUAUGCUGUACGUGUACGUUUCCUUGUUACUGCUGCUAACUACUGACCACAUUUUUUCUCUUCC